AAUGGACACCUGGACCUGGUCCUCCGCUUCCUCCUGGGUCUUUCACUGCAGACCAAUCAGAGACUCCUACAUGGUCUGCUGACACAGAAAGCAAACAGUUCACAGAUCAACCAGGAAACAGUUCAGUAUAUCAAGGAGAAAAUCAAUGACAAUCAGUCCGUAGAGAAAAGCAUCAACCUGUUCCACUGUCUGAAUGAACUGAAUGAUCGUUCUCUAGUGGAGGAGAUCCAACGGUCUCUGAGUUCAGGACGUCUCUCCACUGAUAAACUGUCUCCUGCUCAGUGGUCAGCUCUGGUCUUCAUCUUAUUGUCAUCAGAAAAAGAUCUGGAUGAGUUUGACCUGAAAAAGUAUUCCCCUUCAGAGGAGGCUCUUCUCAGACUGCUGCCAGUGGUCAAAGCUGCUAAGAAAGUUAUACUAAGUGGCUGUAACCUCUCAGAUAGAAGCUGUGAAGCUCUGUCCUUGAUUCUUGGCUCCCAAACCUCUAAUCUGAGAGAGCUGGACCUGAGCACCAACAACCUGAGGGAUGCAGGAGUGAUGCUGCUGUGUGCUGGACUGGGGAGUCCAUUCUGUGAACUGGAAACACUAAAUCUCUCCGGCUGUCUGAUCACAGAGGAAGGUUGUGCUUCUCUGGCCUCAGCCCUGAACUCCAGCGCCUUCCAUCUUAAAGAGCUGGACCUGACCUACAACCAUCUGGGAGAGGCGGGAAUGAAGAUGCUCUCUUUUGGACGGGAUGGUCACAAUGGGAGACUGGAAACUAUGAGGAUGGAGCCUGCUGGACUCCGAUGGUUGACACCAGGUCUGCAAAAGUAUUCCUGUCAACUCACCAUCGACACAAACACAGUGAGCAGAGAGCUCAGACUGUCUGAGGACAACAGGAAGGUGACCCAUCUUGAGGAGCUUCAGUCUUAUCCUGACCAUCCAGACAGAUUUGAUAACUGCCCUCAACUGCUGUGCAGAACUGGUCUGACUGGUCGCUGUUACUGGGAGGUGGAGUGGAAGGGGGAGGUUCGUAUUUCAGUGAGUUACAGAAGAAUCCAAAGGAAAGGUAAUGUUGACGACAUUGUGUUUGGAAGGAACGAUCAGUCCUGGAGUUUGGACUGCGCCGACAUCGGCCGUUACUCCGUCUGGCACAACAAGACAGGAACAUCCAUCUCCUCCUCUUCCUCCUCCUGCUCCUCCUCUCCCAUCACUCACAGAGUAGCGGUGUACGUGGACUGUCCUGCUGGCACUCUGUCCUUCUACAGAGUCUCCUCUGACUCCCUGGUCCACCUCCACACCAUCAACACCACCUUCACUCAGACUCUUUACCCCGGAUUUUCAUUCAGGUCGUUUGGCUCCUCAGUGAGUCUUCCUGUAGAUUCUAGUCUCUACUAGCUCCUCCUGUACUCUCUCUGUAACAUCCUCCAUUUGCCCUACUGUUAUUUAUUUUGCUAUAUUAUAAAUUAUUAUAACUGGUACCUCAUGUUAUGUUGGUUUGUGAACAACUUCCAGUUUACUGUGAUGGAUCACUCCGUGUCCUUUCAGCUUGUAAGGACUGUAUCUAUACUUCACUGGAGGAUGUUUCGAUUCGAUGUGGAUGUUUUGUGGAUAACUGCACAGGUUGUACUUGCUGUAUUAAUCGUUCUGAACAUCUUGUAUUGUUACAUAUGUAUUUGCUGCUGUUUGGUAUUGGUCAGUGUUACUGUUUUAGAUCAGAGCUUACAGCUACUGUAGUGUUGAGUAGCUAAUCCAAGUAGCUUUACUAGUCAAUGGUUUUCUAAAGCUCAGCUGUUUA